GGGUUUGGUUUUAACACGAAUGUUGGAAGUUUGUAUUUCCGGAAUCUUUUGCAAGGCGGAAAAAAAGUUCCUCGUGAACGGAAGAUUCUUUGUCGUAUUUUGCACAGACUGUGUAAAGUACCAAGAUGGAUAACAGUACAAAACCUUAUGUACCACCCAAUAUAGAGAAAGAACCAGAAGUGGUUCAGACUUUGAAAAUCCCUGCCCAAAGUCGUUUAAAGGAGGAACUUCUAAAGCCUAUGCCCAACAAGUCUGUCAACCCUAAGUCACCUACACAGAUUAUCAUCCCUUCCAAUUUUGCAAGUAACAAGCAGUCCACCACACGUUUGGCAGCAGGCACUAAGAUCAUUCUCCCAAGUAGUAUUGGGAAGUCUGGCCAACCUCUACAAUUCAUUGUCACCUCCCCACAGACGUCUUCACCCAAGAUGAUGCUACAAGGAGGUCAGGGGCAGUCCCUUAUAACGGGUGCCCGUUCAAUACUUCCAAACAUUGGUGGAAGACCUUGCAAGAUAAUAGUCAGUUCCCCACAACCAGCAGUUACCACAGAGCCCGUCUAUCUUCCACAGACCACUUCGAAUACAAUUCAGUAUAUUGUUACUUCUCCUGAAGCCAGUGAGCUGAAAACGAUCUCAUAUGAAGAAGACAACAACAAAUAUAUUAUAGAAAACACAGAUGCCGAGAGGACAGAAGAGGUUGUGGUGGAAACACAGGACGUUUUUGCUCCACAAGAGAUUGCCGUGGAUGUGCCCACUGACACAGAUGCUGCUAAUUCUUUGAUUGCCAUUGCAGAACAGCUUCAACAACCCAAGGUGGAAAAUUUUGUGUAUAUGGUGGAUGAUAAGGGAGACAACUCUGGCAUAAUAGCUGAACAUGCAGUUGUUGGAGAUGAUAUUGAACCUGCUGAGGUGGAAGUGGAGAGUAUGGAAGUCCAUGAGAUGAGGAGUUCACCUCGCAGAGGAAAGAAAACACAGCAGAAAAGACAUACAAGAGCAGAAUUUAGUGAUGAUGGCAGUGAUCUGAGUGACGGCGAUAUGAAGGCAAGAAUUUCAAACAUUGGACUGGACCAUUUAUCCUACCUUUCUUCAAAAGCCAGAGAACAACCAAUGGCCUACUCCCCACAAGCCAAGGAGAGACAGGCAGCCUUCACCUCAGAUGAAAGCUCUAGUUCGGAUUUUUCAGAUGAGGAUGAUGAUGAUGAAGACUAUAGAACAAGGCGAAUUAAAAAACCAACAUACAAGGUCAAGAAACCUAGUAAGAACGUUGUAUCAAAGACUGUGAACUCGUGGAUAAAGAAAUUUGUCCCCAAAGUCCGUCACAGUGAUGCUGAGGACAACAGCGAUGAUAAUGAGGACUACAGCGACAUAGGAGUCCCAAAGGAGCACCUGAUAGCCUGCUGUGAGAGAUUUCGUAAAGUGACAGAAAGUGUGGAGGAACUGAUGAGAAACAAUGCCAAGACUCGCAGCUAUAGAGAGACAACCAAUGCUAGUGGAGAUAGAGUGUUUGAAUGUUCCACUUGUCACAAACUCUUCACAAUGAGGGACACCAUUAAAAAGCAUUUGAUCCGUCACACAGGACAGAGAUGUUUCCAGUGCACCAAGUGCAAUAAGAAUUUCAUGUUCAAAUACGGUCUGAAGUGUCACAUGAUGACUCACACGGGAAAAAUGCCAUGUGUCUGCUCGAUUUGUGGAGGCAAGUUCAUUGAAAACAGUAAAUUGGAGGUCCAUAUGAGGAGAGUUCACACAUCGGAGCGUCCAUUUGAGUGUGCUCAAUGUGACAAGAAAUACCCAACAAAGAGUGAGCUCAACAAUCACAUACUCAAUGUGCACACAACCAUUAAACCUUAUCCAUGUCCAUUUUGUGACAAGAAGUUUUCCCAUGAUGCAAAGCUCAAAAGACAUUUAACAGUUCACACAGGGGAGCGUCCAUUCAAAUGCUCAUUCUGUGAAAAAGCAUUUACACAGAGGGCUCAUCUACAGAUUCACGAGAGAUGUCAUACUGGUAUCUUCCCCUUUGCAUGUAAUGGAUGUGACCGAAGAUUUUACGACAAGGUUUCCAGAGACAGGCAUUACAGACGUAUCCAUGAAGUUGUAGAGAAGCUAUACUGCAAGAAAUGCAAUGGCUACUUCAAGACCAAGACCAGUCUCACUCGUCACAAGAGGGAAUGUGGAAGGGUCAAGCAGGAAAUGCUAGAGGAAGAGACGGAUGAGGAUGAUGUCAUCGAUGAUGAAGUGGAAGAGGAAGUCGUCCCGGAGCCAAAGAAGAGAGUGUCAAGGGUCACAAGGUCACCAAGGUCAAAGAAGCUUACAAUCAAACUCAAGAAAGUUGGAGGAAAGAAAACUGCUAAAGGAAAGAAAACAGACAAAAAAGUCAGUGUAGAAGCACUGGAGAAAUCUGGAAAACUGUUUAUCAGGAGUGAAAGGAUCAAAGCUAAAUCUGAAGCAGCUAAGCGGAAAAAUCAGUCAUCUGAACCUGCUGCUAGUCCUCCAAAGAGAAAAAGGAGAUCACGCUAAGAUCUUCUCAGCACCUCAACUCAGGACAUUGAUAAUGUACUAUAUGUAAUAUGUGAUUGGUGUUUAACAUGGUUUUUGUUUGUUUUAAUAAAUUUUAUGUGUUUAACUAAAUUUUAUGUAAUGCAUUACUCUUCUUUAAUACAGUUGUGUAAAUACUAUUUGUAUAGUCCAGUUAAUACAUGUGUUUUUAUAGUUCCUCUGCUUAUUACUCUAGUAAAUGUAGCAUAAUAAAAAUGUUAAGACUCUACCAUAUUGUAUUAGUACACAAGAGCACAUCGUUGUUGUCCACUCCACAUGAUGAAAUCCACAUUUAACCACAUGUUAAAACUAUGAAACAGUUAUUGCUAGGUAUUUCAUUAUACACUAUACCCACUGUAGAUAAGUAUAAACAUAAGCUUUUUACACAAUUUGGAAUGAAAUAUAUUCUAUGUAUUGAAAAAGAGCUGAAUUCACUGUAUAUAACUUUCAAUUUAUCUCAGUCAAAUAAUCAGUUAAGGGUACAACUGCAAUACAUUCAAAACAAUAAUAAUGGACAUUCAAUAUUUUUGGCAUAGUCUGUUAAAUUGUAAUAUUGAUUUAUUUAAGGUGAAAAAUCAAAGGGUGUUAUAAAAGUACACAUCAACUACGCAAUAAUAUACAUUUAUUAGUAAUUAGUUUAAAACAAUUUUAAGUUGGGGUUUGCAUAAUACCUCUUUGUAGAGAAUUCAAAAUUUCAGAAAAUCCAGUAUCUUAAUAAAAAAUAAGGGAUAUAGAAAUUUAAAAGCCUAACGUCAUCUAUGGUAUGCAUUUUUGCUUCAAAAGAUCUGUAUAUGAUGUAACCCAAUUUUUUUUAUGCACAAGUAACUCAUUUUGGUGAGUGUAUACUUAUUUAUGGUGGGCAGUGUAUAUAGCAUUAAAAUUUCAUUUGUUUACAUAGUGUAGAAGAUGCAUCUGCUCUUACUGAAGCAAAUGCAGCACACUACACAGACACCAUUUAUAAUAGGAGCAAGAUCAACAGUCCAGUUGCUGUGCGUUAGAUUUUUUUUUUCAUUGCUUACUAUUAGUACAGAUAAUGUUUUUUUAUUCAAGGGAUGUAUUACAAAGAUUGUGAUGUUUCAAUCUUGAAUGAUUGAACUUGGUAAAGAAAUAUUUAGUAGCUUAAAAAGGGGGGGGGGGGGUUAAAAUUUACUCUUAAUACAUAAAACUUGGAGACAUGAAUGCCUGGUAUUCAUCAGUAUAAGUAAAAUAUAGACUUUUCUUGGGGUUGUGUAGGUUGUCCAUUGCUUUGAAAGAAAAACCCUAGGACUGAUAUGUGCAAAAGUAUCAUAUGUAGUUAUACAUUUUCAAGUUUAUACAGAGAAAGUAUUGUUUGUAAGAAGUAAAAAUCUUGCAAAAUUUGAACCUAAGUUUGGAAAUUUAUUUUGUAUGUUUGUAUUAAAAAUGACAAGAUUCUGUAGUGAAGUAAAUAUUACUGGUUAUUAAUUUCCAAAAGAAAAAUGAGGCAAAUAGAAUUCCUUUGAAAAUUACAGUGUAUAUAUAGUUAUUUUGUUAGACAUUUUGUGUUUUGAACCACUGUUUAUUCUUAAUAUUACACUUGUUUUUUCACAUCCACAAUAAUAGAUGGCUUCAAUCCUGAGAAUACUGGGAUCAUUGUGUUCAGUUGGUAAUUAGCAUCCUACCAUGUGACGGAUGCCCAAUAGUAAUCACUCUGUCUGUCCAUCAGCCCUUUCUGUGUCACACGAUAACUUAGUUUCUUUGGGAAGAUUUUUAUACAUAGUACUUGAAUUAGGCAGAGGAAGACCCCUUUAUCAGCUUGUCCUUACAGAGUUAUUAGAAUUUUUUUUUUAAUAUUGAUGAGAUAAUGCUUUCUUUGGAACACAAUAACUGAGAAGAUUUUUAUAGAAGCUUGCAUUAGGAAGAGGAAGACCCCUUACCAGUAUCAGUUAUGGAAUUAUGGGACUUGUAAUUUUUUUUACAUUGAUUAUUUGACAGUACUGUCACAUAUCUUCAGGUCCAGAAAAUAAUGAAGAGUGGAUUGUACCAACCAUGCCGAACAUUAACUAUAAAUGUAACCCAACCAGAUACACGUAGCCAUGCCGAUCAUUAACUAUAAAUGUAACCCAACCAGAUACAUGUAGUGGUCGAGCACCUGAUGGAUAUAUUCAUUGCGGGACCCUUUCUGACUUGUCAGUUUUCUUAGGAACUUGUUAGUAUGAUAUACACGUACACCAAACAGUUUAUUUCUUGAUGGGUAUUUUUAAACAGACACACACAUACACUGCAAGGGAUUGAUUUAUUACUAUCUCAAUGGAGGACAUUAGAAAAAAUAUACAAGAUUUUAGCAUUGUGGAUUGAAGAUGAUGGCUUUUAAAAUUAGAUUGAAAUAUUAUGAAUAAGAACUGCCAUUACUGUUUAUAUUGAAACCUAGACUUAUAUGGUAAGUAAUAGUCUCUCUGGGAGGUACCCAACACAGCUCUUGUUUCUCUUUGUUAAUGUGUAAAUAUAUUAUAUGUAAUGUAUUUUGUUUAAUGUGAAUAAAGUUAUAAUACAUAA